CUGAGCAGCGAGCCAGGAGCUUCAUCUUGUCUGUGUCUUUCUAGUUCUUCUUCCUGGUUUGGAGCGGCGCAGCAGCCCCGCCCAGCCCUGAAAUGACACCCGCGCGGCCCGCCUGAGCCCAGGUGCCGCACAUUACCCUGGCUCUCUGGCUGGAGCGAGGCGGCGGCGGGUGAUUUUACCUUGCGGCCCGGGGAGCUGUCAAGGGUGGCGACGGCGGCUGGCUGUGGCAGGCAGGCGCCUGCUACCACCUUGGGAAGAACCUGGGCGACAGCAGCAACGCCGGCAAUUGCAUCUCAAACCCACAAAGCCGCAGCUCCUCGCUGAGCGACGGAAGCGCUCAGGGGUUGCUGGGGGGAGUGAGGCGCACAGCUUCGCUUGGGGGUCGGAGCUUUCCCCCCGCCCCUCUGUGCCUGUACCCGCCGCCUGGGUGGGUUGCUGCGGGGGGGGUCUCCCCCCGGUGUCGCUUUCCACGUCGCCUCUCCGCUGGUGGAUGCCGCAGACCCCGGAGCCCGAGAGGACACGCUGGUUUCUGAAGAGCUGAGUGGCCUGCCAUGGGGAACCAUGUAGGGAAACGAGAUCAGAGCGCUGAGAAGCCUAUUAAGGAUUCUGUGAUCAUCUCCACUGAGGCAGGACCAAGUACACCUAGACCAUCCCUGGAGACAAAAGUGGAGGAAGUGGAAGAAGCUGAAAAUAAAGCAAGCCCUAAAGCAGCCAGACUAACCAAACAACCCUCAGAAGAUAAUGAAGUGUUUGGAGAGGCAGAUGUGAACCAGAACAAUGGGACCUCCACUAAGAGCACAGCGGUGACAGACUCCAAGGGCACAGCAGACUCAAAGAAUGCCUGGAAGGAGGCCAACCCAGCUGACACAGUUGGUCGCCCCCACUUGAUCCGCCUCUUUUCCCGAGAUGCCCCAGGAAGGGAGGACAACACCUUCAAAGAUCGGCCCUCAGAGUCAGACGAGCUACAGACCAUUCAAGAGGACAGUGCUGCAACUUCAGAGAACUCGGAUUUGAUGGCUUCACAGAAACGCUCCUCUUUCCGGCACGGAUCAAAAAUGGCAACUGCAAGCACCAUAGACCAUGCUAGACAUGGAUCUCCAAGGCACAGAGACUCGGGUCUACUUGACUCGCUGGGCAGAUUCUUUGGAGGUGAAAAACAAGUUCCCAGGAGGGGCUCGGGCAAGGACAUACAUGCAGCCAGAGCUAGCCAUGUAGGUUCCAUGCCCCAAAGGUCUCAGCACGGGCGGCCUGGUGACGACAACCCAGUAGUCCAUUUCUUCAAGAACAUCGUGUCACCUAGGACACCACCCCCAGAGCAGGCAAAGGGGAGAGGAUUAUCCCUCGCCAGAUUUAGCUGGGGAGGUGAAGGACACAAGCCAGGGUAUGGAGGAAGUGGCAAAUUCUACGAGCAUAAAUCUGCUUAUAAGGGACAUAAGGGAUCAUACCAUGAUGGCCAGGGCACUCUUUCCAAAAUCUUUAAACUGGGAGGAUCUGGUUCCCGACCUGGAUCACGGUCUGGUUCUCCAGUUGCUAGACGCUGAAGUUCUAAGACGUCAUUCAAGGACCAUGUACUCUGCUUCAUAAGAUAACUGCCUAAAAUUUUAAUAAUAAUUGCAAGAAUUACAUAGAUAGAAACAAUCUGUUACUUAAUGUCAUUUGAGUUGUGCAUGCAGUAGGAUUAUAUAAACUUCUAUUGGCAAUCCCUGACCAACAGUUGAAUGAAUGAAACACACAAAGUAGCUUUAUUUGCUAUCUUCAUUUUUUAGGUAAAAUAACAAGAUCCCCGACUUUAUUCAUUCUUCAGGAUGUCCAAACUGCAUGUUAGAUUUUAUUUAUUUUUUCUCCAAGCCCCACAAGUCUUCUGAUUUUUUUUUCAUUGAAUACCACAAUUGCAAAUGCAGAGCAACUGUCUUGGUUUUUGAGCACUGCCAUUAAAGGAUUUCUUAAACACUGCUGUAAAAAACACGUGCAGAAGUUGUAAGGACUGUUUAUCCGAACACUUUUUUGUUUGGGUUUAUUUUUGUUUAAUGUCACUUCUCUCAGAAUAUUUUACUUUUCAUAACAGGAUUAGGCAGUCAUGGAAAGGUUUAAUAAACUUUGGGAGUUCAAGGUACGUGAAAUGUGGGAGAGGGCAGCUGUUACAGUAUCAAUGAGACGCAAAGCAAUAGUAAUAAGGAAAUUCCUUAUUUUUACAAAUUGCUCAUCACACCCAAACCAUUAGAAUUAAGUGUGGCUGAGAGAGAGAGAGAGAGGAUUUCAAACUUGGGUUAGACUAAUGUCUUACAACAAAAAACAAGGAACAUUCCCAGAGAAGAAACAUCUAAGAUUGCACGUGACCACUGCAUGUCACUGUUGCUCCACGCAGACACUGCUACAACAGCAUUUCUUUAGCAGUUAAAGAAUAAAACAAAAAUAGUCUAAUUUGUGAAAGAAAUAAAGCCCUUCAGCAUUGAGACUUCAGAUAGUCCUGCACAUCUCAAGUUAGAAUUAUUAGUAGUUUUCUUGUUACUGCAGCAGUGUUAAACUUGGUAAGCUUGUCUUAUGACGAAAUAGAUGGCUUUAAUGGCAGUGCACCAAAGCAAACUAGUAGUAAACUACUGUGAACAUUUAACUGUUGCAUUGUAGUUGCCUUAUAGAAAUUAAAUCUAAAUCAUUAGUUAGCGUUUAACAUUGAUUGUUCACAAAUCUACUAAAAUGUAUACAUGUGGCAAUGGUAUUUCCAACCAUAUGUAGGAAAAAAGCUCUUCUGAAUUGCACUAUUUUAUAACAAACUUUUAAUAUUUUGUGAGAUUACCCUCCUUAACUGAUUCAGUGUUUUUUAUUUUAGCAUAUACGUUGUAGACUAUAUUUAAUGCUAAGUUGGCACUCAGUUUCAGCCAUGCUACUAACUAUCAGGAGUAGCCAAUGUUAAUGUCAACUGACAUGUACCAUGUGUUGUUAAUUCUAUUUUGUCUCUACAUCUACUGUAGAUUUAAAGCACUGUCCAUUAAUAUGCAGUGGUGAAAGAUGAGAGGGUAGGAAAACAUAGAAAUGAAAGAAACAGUAAAACAGCAAAAUUGUUAAACACACACCUAUUACAUCUUUCUUAUGCUAUAUUGUUGUCUGGCUAUACUGGAAGGACAGGAGACAGUGAAUAUGGUUUAACCAGGCUGCAAUUUUAAUAGAUGUCUGGGACUACCCGACAGAUAAAAGUGUACAGUGCAGGUAACACCCAUGAUCAUUUCAAUAUUUUCCUGGGGACUUCUGCCAGCCCCCGACCCCUUUUUUUCUAUCCUGGUCCCCAGCCAGUCCAUUGCUGGGACCUUACCAUCAUCCAAUUCUCAAAUGAGGGUUAAGGUGGGCUAUAGAGAAAGGAGGGGGUGGCUCCCUGCUGUCCCAGUCAUAGGCAUGCCACCCCCCCUCCGCCCCUCAGCCCAUUUCACUCCUUUAACAAACACCUCCUUUAAGUUGUUUAUCAAGCCAUUUAUAUGUUCACUGUAUCCCUUCCCUGUGGAGUACCUGCACUGGACAUCUGCCCCAUACUUACAUAAUGAGUUGCCUAACAUCAUAGCCUAACUUCCUUCCCUACUCAUCAUAACAACCCCUCCCCGCCAACGGCCACUGCCCUCCGGAACAUGUUGUGGGGGAUGCAAAAAUCUCCCACUCCAGUUUGGCUAAUCUGGUGGUGAGGGGAAAAUUCCUUCCCAGCCUUCCAAGAAAGGAGCGGCUAGUGCAGUGCCCACUGUGAUCCCAACCAAACCUGCUUUUUUGCCACUUCCAAGGUUGUGAGGCUGGGUGCUCCUCCAUCUGGUCCAGGGAAAAGGGUCUUCUGCUGGGCUUACCCUUUAUCAACUCCCCAGCCCUUCCGGUCCCUGAGGGAUGAGUCAGCAUUGCAACACUCUGCUUUUGCAGCAGUAUCUGUGCCUCUCUCCCCCACCCACACUCUAAAAGUAAUAUACCCCUUCCCCUGGCAAGCUGAACCACACCCAUCUCCCCCCUUAAGCUGUGGUGCAGUCAUUGGCUAUGUGUAUUUUUCUAUAUGUAGGUUCACUCAGAUGUAUACUCCACAACAUAAUAGUAAAUUUAAUUUAAAGGUGUACUGUUCACAAAAGUGUAGGAAUACAGCUUUUAAAAACAUUCAUUAUUGAAAUAAAAUAAUCAACUUGUAA